AUGGCCGCUUUCUCGUCCUCUCCACUGGUGGAGUCGUUCACUAUCAACCAACUGCACUCUCCGUCUCUGUCACCGAGUGUCUCUCCGGGGCCCUCACCGACCAAGACCGAGGUUGACUUUCCGGCGGAUGUUGACCAGUCGUUCAACUCGUCAAUGACGUUUACCGUUGCCGACUCACCACCACUUCCCUCUCCAGAUGACCUGAACAGUGGAAAGUUCAGCAAGGCCAUGCUUCCCCCGCCGCCGCCGUUCGCCUUGGCCCCGCCGCGGCGACCGAUGGCAAAGUCGGGGGCUGGUCUGAAGCCGACGGCGUCGGCAAGCGACGCCUUCAGCACGCGCCCCUUUGCCACGACCCGAACAUUUGGCCGUGAGCUGUCUCUGAAUGCACGACCACUCGCGACUGCUGGAAUCAAGGGCAAGAGCCCAAUGUCUUCUUCCAAGCAUGAGAUCUCACCCUCCGCGCCGCACCUUGAGUCCCCGAUGCCGAAAGUUCGUGGGGCCGAGGCUAUGGACGUCGACACCCCGGCAUCUAAGCGCAUCGGGCAGUCGCCCAUGAGCGUCGAAGAAUCUCCCGGGUUAGGAUCAUUCUUCUGCGAGUCGCCCGCUGCCCCUAUGCUCGCCGCCGCCAAGCGCAAAGCUCUGGUCGGUUCGUGCUCGAGCUCGCCGUCGAGCUCCCCUUCCGCCUCUAGGAGAUCGCGUGACGGCAAGGUUGCUUCCACGAGCACAUUAUUAUUCGGCGCUGGCAACCGACGAAGUGCUCCUUACGCAAAGCGUCCCCCACUGAACCCCCUGACGUCCGUUGAGGGUCCCCGCCCUGGGCAGGCCAACUCGGCUUAUCCUAUUCUGUGCGGUGGCACGAAGCGUUCGGGAAUGCCUUCCAUUCGCCGGGCGUUCUCUGUGUGUGACCAGCAGCAGCCAGGGCUUGAUCUCAGCGAGGAUGAGUCCGAGAUCGAGGGCUCGCCUUCCGUCCAAGCCGUUAACAAGCGCCACGCCCGCAUGGCCUCGGUUGGCAUUCGUGCCACCAACGGAUCUCCGUGCAAGCCCAUGCGCUUGUCUUACGUCGAGAGCCGUGACAAGACGGCGGUCCGCCCCGAGACGCAGCCUGGUGGCUUCCUCUCCCGCAGCGAGGAACUUCAGGGCAAGAUUCUUCCGUGCCACCUUACCAAGGGAGACGGCCUCGCGCGCAUCACCCCGCAGGUCAUGAAGGACGUCAUCGACGGCAAGUAUGCCGCGAAGAUGAAGAAGUAUUAUGUCUUCGACUGUCGUUUCGACUAUGAGUUUGAGGCUGGCCACAUCGACGGUGCCGUCCACGUCCCUAACUUAUCGGCGAUCGACGAGCUGCUGCUCUCGGCCGACAAGGGCAUUAGCGAUGGCCCGCUCCCUACCCCGGCGCGCAGCGGUGAGGGUGACACGACGCAGCAGACUGUCCUGAUCUUCCACUGCGAAUUCAGCCUCUGCCGUGGUCCCGAGUACGCCAAGUUCCUGCGUCAGAAUGACCGCAACAUGAACACGCAAAACUUUCCCAAGGUCCACUAUCCCGAGGUGUACAUCCUUGAGGGCGGGUACUGCGACUUCUUCAAGCAGUUCCCGAACCAGUGCGAACCCCGUGCGUACGUUGCCAUGGACGACCCGCAUUACCAGGACCGCUGCGAGGUUGAGUACGGUCGCUUCCGUAAAUGGAGUCGCUCGCGAUCGUAUAGUGGCCAGACCGCGAAGCAGGCAUCCUCGACUCGCGUGCUCGCUGAGCCGCUCUCCUUUGCACCGGCCGGACGGCGGUUUGGCAACGCCAUCGCUGAGGAGAACGAGCCGGAUUCGUCUCCGCUGGCUCGCGGUGUCCUGCAGGCGCCCGCACAGAUCUUCGGCUCGACCAAGGUCCGCACGUUCAAGCGUACCGGACUACAGCGCUUUGCUUCAUGCGCCGACGCCCAGCUCGCUCUCUGA